AUGAAGGUUUGUUUUGUGAUAUCGAUUGUGGCGUCGCUGGCCAACGCAGCGGCUACACCCAAGUCCAAAUCCCCGGUUUGCAUUGUCGGCGCUGGUGUAAGUGGCCUUACGGCUGCAAAGGCACUAGAAGACAAGGGAUACAAGAUUGUUAUUUUUGAGAAGCGCGAUACUAUUGGUGGGAAAUGUCAGUCUCAUUAUGAAGACGGCCAGUACUUUCCUCUUGGCGCUGUGCUCUUUACUGGAAGUCCAAGUUACGCGCAAACUUACGCAUUUGUCAAGGCUUCUGGUGUCGCAUUCGAUGAGUUCGAUCCUGCAUUUGGCUAUAACUACAACCCGAAAACUGGAGCUGCAACCUUGAUGCAGCCUCCCUCUCCUGCUACUGCUCAGGCCUUGCAGGAAGAGUUGUCGCGAUAUACUCAAGUUUGGCAGCAGAAAUUUGCUCCUUAUGCUGUGCCAGGAUACAAGAAUGGCGUGCCGAAGGAGUUUAUGGUUCCUGGAAAGGACUGGCUUCUAGCAAACAAGUUUCCGAUUAUAGCUUCCGUCAUCAAUCGAAGCGCCGGGAACUACGGAUACGGCGACUAUUCUCAAGUUCCAGCACUUUACUACUUACAAUUCUACGCGCCGGAUAUCGUUGGAAGUUUUAUCGGCGCGAUUCAACCCUACAAAACAGACUUUUAUAAGGUCCUGAAGCGAUUAUCUCGUAAUCUCAAAGGACCAGUGCAUCUAAAGACGAGAAUUGAGCACAUCGAACGAAAAUCGAAGCCAAGCAUCCAAUACCGUACUGCUGGAGGAAAGCAAAGCAAGACGCAGCUCUGCUCCGACGUCAUCAUCGCAUUCCCUCCCACUUCCGAAGCUCUCAAACAGUCAGGACUAGCACUUUCCGGCGCUGAGAAAUCGCUCUUUUCUCAAGUCGACGUCAAUGGCUACUUCUCGUCAGCCGUUCGCAUGAGUCAUCUCGGCCACAAUCUCAGCGUCUCCCAAGAACUUCCAAACCCACUCGUCCCUUUCAAGCCCGAAGGUCAACCCGUCUAUCUGACUCCACUUCACGCAAACUCCGACAUCGUCAACGUUUACUCUGUAGACAAUCCCGCUCAUCCUAAUGCCGCCCGCGUCAAGAAACUUCUUGUACAGGAUUUGAGCAAGAUCAACAGAGACUUGCAAAAGCCUAAUUCGAAAUUUCAGGCAUUAGAUGCUGCAGACAUCCGUGCAUUCAGUGGGGAGAUCCCAUAUUUUCCUCACGUCAGUCCGGAGUCAUUGGCAGAUGGUUGGUAUAAGAAGUUUAAUAGUCUUCAAGGGAAGGACCACACUUAUUUCACGUCGGGGCUCAACAGUUUUGAACUUGUGGAGUAUACGAUUCGUGCUGCGAGGGACUUGGUGAAGACGCACUUCUGA